AUGCUGCAGCUUCGCCGAACGCACCUGGACCUGGGCUACACCAACCUGGUUGCCAACAUCUGCCGGGAGUACUUCUACCACCACAUCCCCGCCGCCAUCGACACGGCCCAGACGCUGCGGCGCCUGGGCAGGCCCGAGCGAUUCAUCUACACCUCCCACCCUUGGCUGCUGCUGGAGUACCUGGACAAUGGCGCAGGCUGCCUGAAGGAGGGCCGUACGCCGCAGCAGCAGCGGCUUCUCGAAGACGCCAUCGCACGCGGCGAUGUGACGUGGCACGCUAAGCCGAUGAAUCUGCUCCCGGAGGCGGCCGACGCUUCGCUCUUUGGCUACGGGCUCACACUGGCCAAGCAGCUCGACCUCCGGUUUAACAAGACUCGCAAGAUCGCGGCGAGCAGCAAGGACGUGCCCGGCGUCUCCCGCUCGGUGAUACCGAUCAUGGCGAAGCACCAGGUCAAGGCCCUCCACAUUGGCGCCAACUCUGCCUGUGGGACUGCCCAACUACGGAGGCAACAUCACCAUACCCGACUACCCGAGGCGCUGGUCUAUUCGUUCACCGUGGACAACACCGCGCCGCUCAACUACACGCAGGUCAUCCAGUUCUACCGCGACGUGCAGGCUCAGUACCCCAACGCCGAGCUCGCCGCAACCUCGCUCGAUGCGUUUGUGGGCGGCAUCCUGGGAAACAGCACGCUCAUGGCGCAGCUGCCGCGGCUUACGCAAGAGAUGGGCGAUACGUGGCUGUACGGCAUCGCAGCCGACCCGUACAGGCUGUCGGCCUUCCGCGAGCUAAGCCGCCUGCGCUCUUCUAUGGAAGCCGAGUUGACCAGAAGCGCCGACAACAAAAGGCACGCUGACUCGGGCGAGGCCGUGGUGGUCGAGGCCUUCUCGCGUAGGCUCAUGAAGAUUCCCGAGCACAACUGGGGUCUGUCGACCUACACCUACCUACACAACUACACCUAUUUCCUCGCCUGGAACAACACCGUCUUCGGAGCCAAUCGAAGCAACGAUGACAUUAGGCUGCUGGACUACGGUUGGAAGGAACAAAGGUCGUACCUGCUCAACACCUCCACCUUCCUCGCCGACUUGUCGGUCGAUCACGGCGGCAGAUAUGCUGGAGCCGCUCGUCAGAUGAGCAAGCGCGUCGAGGAGCGCUUGCAGACGCUCCAACCGCGGAAGCCCGAUAUGACCGACUGGCAGAGGGUUGUGAUGGGUGAUGAUUUGUUCGAUACGAGAGAUUUUGUCGUCGGGUUCGACCCGGCGACCGGAGCGAUCAACUUCCUCCUGGAGAAGGCUACCAACCGCAAGUGGGCGACGACGGAACACCACCUGGCAGCGUUCCUCUACCAGACCUACAACGAGUCCAACUUCGACUCCUUCAACCGCCAGUACACGCCAGAGUGCGUGCCCUGCCCCGACUUCAACAAGAUCGGAAUGUGGGCCAGCGGCCACACGGAGCGAAAGGACUUUCGGCCCAAGCUGCUUGCCCUCUGGCGUCGGGGCGGAGAAGACAGAUUCCUUCUCCAGCUAACGCUGCCCGACGAGGCGCAGACCAAAUACGGCGCACCGGCGCAGGUCACGGUGGAGUUCGAUUUCGUGGCGGGCCGAGGUGGCCCUGCUAUCGACAUCAAACUGCAGUGGUUCGAGAAGCCGGCCACCCGGUUGGCCGAGGCCAUGUGGCUCUCCUUCGUGCCCAACACCGGCGUGGUGCACGACUCCACCGCAUGGCUUCUGGACGUCAUGGGCUCGCCGGUCUCCCCCUACGACGUCAUGAUCAACGGAAGUCGCCAUCUUCACGCAAAAUCAAAAAGGUACGAGAAGGGCGACGUGUUCCUGGCCAUCGACACGCUCGACGCGGCACUCGUGGCGCCGGGUGACACGCACCAUCUGCUUGACUUCGCCGGCCGCGAACAGCCCCGGUGCGAGGGCGGCAUGCACGUCAACCUGUUCAACAACCUCUGGGGGACGGCAUUCAACCAGUGGUACGAAGACGACGCCCAGUUCCGCUUCACGCUACGAUUUGGCACAGCGGCGCGAGGCGGUUGGUGA